AUGGAAAGGCACAGCCCAGCCGAGCCCCCCCGGGGCAGUGAACCGGCUAGGGACAGGGACCCAGACAGGGGUCGCAGCAAGGGGAAGACCCCGACUAAAGGCAAGGGUUCUAGCCCAGCCAAAGGCAAGGGUUCCACCCGACCCAAGGGCAAAGACCAGAAAGGAUCAAACCCCGGCGGAGGAAAAAGUCACUCUCAAAACCCGGCUGCACACAGCAAGGGUGGCACAGGAACCCCAGAAAAGGAGGGUGGCAAAAAGCACAGGUCGAAGAGCUCUAGGGAGUACUCCCAGCGGCGGGCGGGAAAGAAGCAACGGGCAGCUGGCCAGUACUACAGGUGGUCGCGACCCCUGCCAGCUGAGCCAGCCCAGCACCACGAUACCCCGCCCCCACCACCGGCCCCGGGCCGCGGCGGGCGAAAGGAGGCAGAUGAUGAAAGUGCUGCCUCUUACUCCUACUACUCUUCUUCCCGCUCUAGAUCGCCCCGAGGCAGGAACAAGGAACAGGGAAGGGGCAACAAGGCCAAGCCUGUUAAGGCCCCGGCCCGGUCAAGUGGCAAAAUGGCUGUCAAGUCAAAGGCCAAGCCCCCUCCUGAGGCUGAGGAAAAGGACUCCCCGGCCUCUGCUGAAGGCGAUCAAGAAUCCCCGGCAGGGUCUGUGGCUGCUAAGGAAGAGUCUUCGGACUCCUGCUAUGAGCCCAUCCGGCUGCGCCCUGCUCCUCUCUCCAGUCCUCUGAGGAGGGCGCUACCAGUGCCGGACUUGGGGGUGAGCAUGCAGUUCACCAUCCAACUGAAGGAUGCCUCCAAGGAGGCGUGCUCAGGGCGCUACCUGCACGCUGCGUCUUUGGUGUACUUCGCAAGGGAGCGGUCGCAGGAGGCAGAGCGUGACUUGUUCAAAGUCACCGGCCCCUGGACCCCGCGGCACACCAGGGCUUUGGGAGUGCACCGUGUUGUCGAGGAGGGCAAGGGCGGCACCUCUUUCUUCGCGUCCCUUUUGGAGACGGAACUCGUGGAUCCUCUCCCCAUGGGCAAUCCGCCGCUGAUCUUCCAGAUCAGCCUGACGGUGUGCCAAGCAGCGAAGUUUGCCAACAUCCGCGACUUAGGGCGGAAAAAUAUGGGCAGCAGGUCCAUGCCACAGGGCAUGGGGGACCCGCCCAGGUAUGAGGUCCUGCUGCUCGACGCCAAUGACUGGGAGGAGUAUGGUUCCCAAACCACCCCCCACUGGCCUAACAAGCGCAGAGCCCAGGGAUUCUGGUCCACGGUGGGCUCCUUCGCGCCGGAUCUCCUGGAUCCUUUGUUCGCUCUGGUGAAGCAAAACCAGGCCGAUCUCCAGGCCCUGACCCAGGGUAUCUACAACCUGAUGGGGAGGACCCUGAACAAGGGAGAAAUGGAUGAUGUCCUGGAGGCACUGGUGUCGACUCCGACGCAAGCACUAGGGAUCUCGCCGGAGGGUCACAUCUGCCAGUACGUGCUGAAGCAGGGUGGCCCUCACCCGCUUGUCCCAGGCCAGACGUGGGAGCUCCACCCGCUGGAAAUUUUCCAGCAGGGAAAGCUCCGAAAGGACUUGGUCAGCCAGUCCGGGCUUGGGAUGGCUAAAGGAAAGGGCAAGCAAUGGGGCAAAGCGUACCACGUGUGCAAGGGCAAAGACUGCCAUAACUGGAGAUGGGGACGCGAAGAGGGCAACAGCCGUCACUUCCUACGCCUCCUCCAUUCCAAGUGGGCGGAGCUAGGCGACGCCACCAAGGAGGCCUUCCAGGCUGCUGGGUUCAAGCCCAGGCCACAGCCACCACAGGAAACCUCCCUGCUUGACAAGCUGCGCAGUAGGAAAGGGGAACUCCCAGAGGAUAUCCAGCUCCUGUUGGACUCCCUUGAAGAAGCCCCAUCGGCCACUCCUUACCAGGAGGGCCAGCACUCCUCCAACGCGCUCACCAAAGCCUCGCACCGCUACCGCCAGUUGGCCAGGAAGAAGUUGGACCUCCAAGCCUCAGUCAACCAAGCCAAGGAAGACCUAAAGGCUAUGUUGGACGAGCUUCAGGAGGUAGACAAGCUAAUGGAAGAGGCCAAGCAGGCCAUCGACGAUGCCCAAUCCAAGCUCACCGAAGCUCUGGAGCAGUCUGAUCCCACCCAGGCCUCCCCGCCUCCCAUUGGGGAAGUCGCUUCCUUUCAGGAUUUCGGCAAGGCCUUGGGUAUUGAGUUCACCAAAGAGCAGCAGGCAGUGCUUGACAAGGCCGUGGCGGCCCACUUGCCCCCAGGACUCACUGCACGCACCAGCCCGGUUUUCGACUUCAAACCACGGCUCUCCCAGCCACAGGGUAAGCCAGAGCAAGAUCAGAGGACAGGGGUUGAGGACCUAGAUUCGACCAAGGAGGCCCCUGAUGCUUCCAUGAAAGAGCCUCCAGAGGGCGAGCUUGAAGAGAACUCCAACCCUCGAGACCGCAGCCCACGGCGCACAAGCCGUAACGGCUCCAAGGAGGCCAACAACGGCCAGGAGUAG